AUGCAACGAAAAAGGCGGCAGCCCCAACUGCAUCCACCAGUCCAAUCCAAACGUUUGCGCACCGCCGUCUCAUGCCAGAGCGCCUCAGAACCCGACAUCGACAUCAGACCCGCCUUCGCAGCCGAUGACCUCCUUUCCUCGCUAUCCGAUGAACUUCUUAUUCGCAUUUUAUCCUUAUUGCCAACCUCGAAUCUCUUGGGCAUAGCUCCAGUUUCCCGCCGAUUCCAUCGUCUCUCUUCCGAUUCACAGCUGUGGCGAUCGCUGUAUUAUAACCGUUUCGUCCUCCCACGUGCCUUAAGAAUACCUGGCUUUCGUGAUGGCUCCGCGAGAGAAAGUACGAGAGUAAACUACUCGUCCAGGCGAACAGUAUGGGCAGAUGGUGGUUGGGGUCGAAGAGACGGGUCUGGCGAGUCGGUCGACUGGAAACGUCAGUAUAAACUACGCCAUAAUUGGGCUCGCGGGAAAGCCACAGUCGAGGAGCUCGAAGUUGGAGACCACUCAUUUGACCACUCUACUUCGAGAAAAACUUUGGCAAAAGUAACGGAGGGCAUUGUUGUGACUGCAGAUGGCGCUUUGGGACUGCGAGCGUGGGAUUUAAAGACAAGAAAGCCAUUAGCCCAGAUUGGGCUCCAGGACGGGCCUAUUGAGUCAACGCCGACUUGCAUAGCCAUCGAUGAUCAAAGGUUGGAUGCAAGGAGGCUGGACGUGUCCAUUGGCUUUCUAGAUGGCAGUUUUGGCGUCUGGAGGCUGCAUCUGGACGAUGGCAGGUUUCUGAAGAGAUACAGGCACGAAAAGUCCAGCAAUGGCCAACUCAUUGGGAUCGCAUAUCGCCAUCCCUUUGUCCUAACUGCCACAGAGUCAGUGUUGGUUUCUUUGUACUACUUUCAGGGGUCACUCAGGGCAAGUCCGACAGUGGCAGCCUCGCAAGAGAACGAGGCUGUCAUCUUGGAUGAAAGCGACACAGAGACUGGAUCAGAAAGUGCAACACUUCGAGGCUCGGAAAGCGAUACGGAAGACAAUUCCGUGAAAAGAGGUCGCUCAUCCAAAGGCGAAAAGAGUUCCAGUAGCUUGCGAGACACCAUCUUACUUCAAGCCCCGAUCCUGUUGACGUCCCUAAAAUCGCACACUCCACAACCCCCAUUGGCACUGUCCAUUCGACAAAUGGCGACAUAUGUGAUUGCAUCAAUUGCAUACACAUAUCCUACCCGGGAAGGAUGGUCCAUUGGUAUCCAAGACCUUCAAAUACGGACCCAAGGCCAUGGGGCGAUCUCUGUGCCCGAGAUUGCAUCGACACGCCUCGCUUUCACUGGCCUAGUCAAAACAAAACCCUCGGUUUUUUCAAGCUCUCCCGAAGACGGACGAAGCCGCCAGUCCAUACCAGAACCUACGUCGGACGGCCCGAAGACCAUUUGUUAUACUCAUCCCUAUCUAUUAGCAGCAAUGGCGGAUAACACGUUGAUCUUGCAUGUCUGCACAUCUAAUGCUACGAAACUUUCUGUGUCACCAGGCAUCCGUCUUUGGGGACACACUUCAGGUAUCAGCGAUGCCGAAAUAACGGCACGAGGUAAGGCUGUCAGUGUGAGCUGUCGAGGCGAAGAGAUUCGAGUUUGGGAGCUAGAGGGACGUGUCAGUGGCAAGAGCACUGAAAUCCGAUCCAAUUCAGUGCCAGACACUGAGCCCCAAGAAAUGAUAGGCUCUUGGUUCAACCCAGUGUCAGCUCGGCGCGAUGACCGACGCAGCUGGGUUGGGUUCGACGAUGAGAUGGUUAUCGUACUGAAAGAGACUAAGGACGGCAGGGAAAGCCUCGUGGUGUAUGAUUUUUCAUGA